AUGUUGAAAGUCGCUUUGGAUAAGAGUCAAGGUCACAUUGCUGUGCUGGAAAAACGGCACUCGACAACUGAGCAACAUUUAAACGAGGCGCUUGGCAAACUGGCCAGCUCUGCGGAACAGAUGGCAAAACUGGCCUCGGUUGGUGCGGGCCAGAGUGCGGAGAAUGAACGAUUGAAACAGCAACUUCGAGCCACCCAGGCACGUUCAGCCGACCUAUCAGCCACUUUGAACUCUCUGCGAGCCAUGAAACCGGUAGAAGUGCCCAGUGAGAAUGUAUCCAAAUUGUUGUUUUUGUGUACUGACAUUUUUCAGAAGGAAUUGCAAACCAAAAUUGAGUCGAUUGAAAAAGAUCGCCAGUCCCUCAGAGAGCAAUGCGUACAACUUAGCGAGCGCCUAAAUUCAGCGUUGGCCGCUGCAAAACUUUUACAAUCGAGUUCAGAGAAAAAGAAUGCGUAUGCGAUUCGGGAACAAGCACUGAGUGCAGAGAUGUGUGCGCUGUUUGUGUUUGGCGAGAAUAAGGUCAACAACAUGAACUCCGCGACUGUGCAUGCUGCUGCUGCUGCUGCUGCUGCUGCGGUUGCUAUUACUGUUACGGUUUCAUUGCAUCAAGUGUCCCGAUUGAGCGCGGAACUGGUUCAACUUCGACAAGCUGCAGAUGCCCGCAUUCGAGCGUUGCGUGCUCGGCUCCAAGCCACCGCCGAAGAAACAUUUUUACGGAACACGAGGGAGGCCAAAGUGAAGCAACUGAACACCGCGGCCAUAGUCUACGCGAACGAGGUGUACGGCGGUCCACCGAUUGGAGCGAAUCGGACAAAUGUGGGUAUGGAAUGGAGUUAUGAAUGUCUGUAUCAAGUGAUUAUCCUGAAGUAUCACAAGCAAGAGUCCGUUUUGUGUCAAUCUCAUCCAUUCGGCACAUGUUGGGCACGCGAAGAGCACCGGAUCGAAGUGAAAUCCGUUUGUUAUGGGGAAUGGGGAAGCGAAGUCCGUGUUAGCCAAAUUCGUCGCAAUAUCAUUUGA